CCCCCCACCCAACUCGCCCUCACACGGACUCGGCUGUCCGCUUGUCCGCCGCUCCAUAUAAACUUCUUGCCUACCUGCAUCGCGGCCUCUCCUGUCCGCGUCCUUGUCCGGCUCCAGCCACGUGGAAUGGACCUCCUUUGAUGAUGGUGAUAUCGGCUUCAAGUUCGCCAGCCUCGUCAAGCCAGGCUCUGGUGAAGACCUGCGAGACUUGUGUUCGUGCGAAGAUUCGCUGCUUGCGCACUCCCGGUUCGCCGGUUUGCGACCGUUGUCGACGAUUGAAUAAGGACUGUUACUUCCGUCCUGCCCGCUCCCGCUAUAAUCCUGCGAAAAGAGAAACACGCAUCGAAGCCCUCGAAGGAAAGGUCAACCAGCUUCUAGGCCAAAUACACAAUGAAUCCCAAGCCGGAUCGAGUCCCAGCUUGGACGGUGACACCACGCCGCGGGGGGAAUCCGGAGAGUCGACACGAGUGUCGCAGGAUGUGAUCUCCAGAGAGAUCAUCACUUUCGACCAUGCCGCUUCUCUCCUGGACGGCUUUCGUCGAACCAUGAUGCCGCACUUCCCAUUCGUUAUCAUCCCCGAGAAAAUGACGCUACAAGAGUUGCGCGAACAGAAACCUUUCUUACUGCUGGCGGUUCUUACGGUUUCCCUGUAUCAGAACCUCUCACUGCGACGCAUAUUCAUGGAUGAGUUUCGGACAGCGGUAAGAGAACGGAUGCUGUUCGGAUUGGUAGAGUCACCGUUCGAACUUCUGCAGGGAUUGCUUGUUAGUCUCGGAUGGUCCCAAUAUCUAUACCAACCGCGCCAGUUCACGACUUACUUCCAUCUGGCGUUGAGUAUAGUCGUUGAUAUGUGGCUCGAUCGACCCCCAGAACUACGAAGCUGCUCUCGAUCAGAGUUCGGGCCCCACCAAAUGUCCCCGUCGCAUAUGGCAGCGGUUGCGCGGGAUGAAAAGAGAGCAGUCAUCGGAUGUUUCGUGAUCUCGUCAUGCGUCUCGAUCAUCAUGCAGAAACGGUGCACCUUCCCUUGGACUCCCCACAUCGAGCGAUUCGCCAUGGAAUUGGCACAAGAUCCCGAGUAUCCAAGCGACCAAUUUACCAUUCAUCUCGUGCGGCUUCAGCAUGUUCUUGAGAGAAUUGACGAAAUGUCGGUUGGUCAUCCGCCAGGCAUGCAAGGCCGGGUUGCAGAAAUCGAACGUCACAUCUAUAACUUUCGACAAGAGAUGGAAGACUUCAAGGCCCAGCUAUCGUAUACAAGGACGAAUUGCCUCAUAAUUAGCAUGCAACUCCACACCUUGGAGUUGUACCUGACCCAAGUCAGUCUGUUUGACAAAUUUCAUCCCAUAUCAUCCUACAACUAUCCUUCCCCGACAACCUCCAAUCCAGAUGCACCGCCAUCUUUCCAUCCUCGACGACAAAGGGAGCCUUCAAUGCUCCCUACGUCUAUGCCAUUCCGAAUUGACUCGCUCUGCCGCGGGCUCAUUGCCGCAGAACGUUACUUCGAUUCCGUCUUGACUUGGCCCGUCGGCGUGGAGCAUAACACCAGCUACAUGCAGUGGGUCCAGAUCGGGUUUAUUCUCGCCAUCUCCGCAAAAAUAGCGGUCGCGGCGUCAGACCCGUGUUUCUAUCGAAACGAGCGGGUUGGACCACUGUGCGAUGCACUCAACAUGCCCGUGGUUCUUCACAACUGCAGGAGGCGCAUGCAGGCGCUGUCCAGUUACGGCAUGGACGAAUCAGGCGAGCCAGAUGUAUACUACCACUACGAUCAAUGGUUGCGACAUAUCCACGAAUGGUUCGAUCGGAAUUAUUGUCUGGCGCAGCCGGAUGGCCUUCCGGCACAGGCCCGAGUUCCAUCCUCUGUCCCAUCGUCUGUCCCUUGUUCUGUCCCUUCGUCUGUACCUCCGUCUGUGCCUUCGUCUGUGCCUUCGUCCGUUCCUGCUCCUGCCCCUGCUCCUGUCCAGAUGCCUCCGGCAAACCCGCAGGCCACCAUGCACGUGACGCCGUACUUCUCUCCGCAAUCGCGCGACGGAAGUCAGAUCUCGGUGGACAACACAGGGCUCUCAUGGCUGGACACCUAUCAAGAUGCAACCACGGAAGAAAUCAUGAAUGGAUGGAUGGCGUUAUCGGCGGUACCACUAUAAAUAGGUUGAGAGGGUUAUUUUUGGUUUUGGGUUGGAGCUCGGAGGUUUCUUUUUUUGGUUUCAAAAUGUGGUAUAUUCAUGAUGUAAUUGAUUUGGGUUCAGGUUAUAUAUCUAUAUAUAUUGGAUUUCUUGUGCAUAUUAAUACAAGGCACUUUGAACACGCCGUCCCUUUCGCUAUACCAACUACGCUAUUAUAACUGAACCUUGAAUCAAU